AAAAAGAAUAUAUUAUAUAUAUAUGAAUCACUUUGCUGUACAUCUGAAACUAACAAUAUUGUAAAUCAACAAUUUACGUCAAUAAACAAUUUACUUCAAUAAAUAACUUCCAUAAACAAUUUACUUCAAUAAAAAAACAAAAACUAUGUGGUCUUUAAAAAUAAAAUACAAGAUCAGUUAUCAAUAAGAAAAUAACAUAUAAUUAUGUAUUUAUAAUACAAAAAUAAAAAUAAUAAUUCAACUUUAGCUUGAAAUAGCCCAGGAAGUAUGUAGCUCAGGGAUCUCAGAUGAGGGAGAUGAGACCUGGUAAGCUCAGAGUCACACUGUGAGGGUGGUGCUUGGCUCUUAAAUCCCAACCCUUCAACUCCAGGGAGGAGCUGGGAAUAACACUAAAAGGCCCCACAUCAUCUUGGCCAAAACAAGAGAGUGAUUCCAUUCUGAGGAAAUAAGAAAUUGUUUUCUGUGGAGUAAGUAGGUCCAAGAGAAGGUGAUUCCUAAGACUUUCAAAAAGGUCUUCACAGGAGUUCCCAUCGUGGCACAGUGGUUAACGAAUCCGACUAGAAACCAUGAGGUUUCAGGUUCGAUCCUUGGCCUUGCUCAGUGGGUUGGGGAUCCGGCGUUACCGUGAGCUGUGGUGUAGGUUGCAGACGCGGCUCGGAUCCUGCAGUGCUGUGGCUCUGGCAUAGGCCGGCAGCAACAGCUCCGAUUGGACCCCUAGCCUGGGAAACUCCAUAGGCUGCGGGAGCGGCCCUAGAAAAGGAAAAAAAAAAAAAAAAAAAAAAAAAAAAAAGCCUUCACAAAAGUUCUAAAUAAGGGUCCCUUUAACAAGUUAAUUCACCACACAAUUGAGAAGAUGCUGUAUAGAUCACAGAAUUGAGCUAGGGACAGGCAGCUCAGAAUAAACACUUUUACCUUUUUUCUUUCCCAGCCUCCAUCUCAACACACAUCCUAAUUCCCAGUGUGUGGAGGUCCCACUGUGGCACAAGGGAAUAGGCAGCGUCUUGGGAGCACUGAAACACGGGUUCAAUCCCCAGCCCAGCACAGCGGGUUAAGGAUCCGGCAUUGCCCACAGCUGCAGCUUAGGUCAUCACUGGGUUCGGAUCUGUUCCCUGACCCAGGAACUCCAUAUGCUGAGGGGUGGACAAAAAUGAAAAGAACAAAACAAAAAAAACUGAUUCCCAGUGUGCUCUCUGACAACCCUAGAAACAAACAAAUUUGCUUUUCCUCAAACAAGUCACUUCCCCUAAGUAGAAGUGGCCAGCUGAAUUUCAUGACCUCUAGGAUGGAAGACUUUUAGCAUCAAAAUGCUUUUAUUGCCCAGGAAAGGGAUGGGGUGUUUUUUUUAAUCCAUUUAUCUUAAUAUUACCUCAACAUCUCCACCCAUACUUCCCUGUGCUGGCCCCCUUUCCUACCCUGGGUGUGCUAGAAUGCUUUUGAAUGCUUUUCACUCUCCUUUCCAAACACCACAUUUACCCUUCCUUCCAAAGCAGAUCAAAUGUCCUCUCAUCUGUUUGACUAUUCCGACAGUCUGCAAGAGCUCUUCUUCCAACAAUAUUCUGUGUGUAUUUUCUCUCCCACUCUCUGGAAUGCAGAGCAGUUUCGUGCCUCUCACCUGCCUUGUUCUGCACCAGUGCCCGAGAGCUUGCCAGACUCUUGACCCAUGCUCUAAUGUGAUGGUACAUGGAGGCGGAGCCUUUGGGUGAUGAUUAGGUCAUAAGGACAGAGCCCUCAUCGAUGAGAUUAGUGCCCUCAUAAAAGAGGCUGUGAGGGUUGCUUCAUUCCUUCUGCCAUGUAAGGACAGAUCCAAAAAGCAGAGAUCUAUGACCCAGGAAGUGGGCUCUCACCAGAUACCAAACCUGCCACCACCCUGAUCUUGAAAUUCCCAGCCUCCUGAACAAUGUGCAAUAAAUUUGUUUAUAAGCCACCCUGUUUAUGAUAACUUGUUAUGGCAGCCCAAACAAAGUAAGGCAUGUUUCCUCUGAUGCCGUGAUAAAAUGAAACACAAAGCCACUUCAUGCUUUUGUCUAAGCAUAGACAAAAAUGCAGUCACUGUACCAUACAAAAUAUCCCAUCACAGAACGCCCCACUUUCUGACAGCAUCCAAUUCACAGCAAAACCCUGCCCCCUGAGACCCUCUCCCAAGUCAUCUAACCAAAGCCUAAAAUCCUGUUUUAGUUUCUUUCUUACAUCCACUUACUAAGAUACCUUGCUCAACAGUAAAAAAUCCAACUUAUUUAAAUACAUAUCCGUUACUGGUAGACUUUGGCUGAAAUUCCCUGACAGUUGUGGGCGGUCAUUUCACAGUUAUUGUCUUCUCAUACAUCUUAGGGGGUAAGUAUUAUUGUUCCCAAUUGACUUCCAGGGAAACUGAGGCUGAAAGAUGUAAGGUGAUUUAGCAGAGAUCAUACAAUGAGGCAUCUAAGCCUAGCUCCGGUCACUUAUUAUAAGGGUCAUCCAAACCCUUUUCACAACACCCAGAUGUCCUCAGCCACACAGUAUUUUAGUUGGCUUCCAUUACCUUAGAAGUGAAGUCAAACAGCAGGAACACAGUCCCUCCCACCAGAAACACUUCUCAAUAUUGAGGGGCUUUUAAAAUGAAGCUGAACUGUACAGUGAAGUUACAUCUCCAAUCUGAGUAGUAGAUAAACAAAUGUCCACUAUAUUAUUUUGUAUACCUUUUUUGGUAUAUGCAAAUAUUUUACACAAAUUUUAGUAGGUUUGAAACAGAGAGGACCCUGCAGUACCCUCCCAGGUACUAAAGCCCUUCUGUGUCUCUUGUUUUUAUUUGUAGAAAAAGGCUUUAGUCUCUUAGGGGCCUACCAGGAGUCACAAAAAUCUGGCUCAAGAAUUAAUGAUUGAAAGAAUGUAGCCAUGUAGUGACAAAAAUAGCAAUUAGGCCUAGAGAACUGGUAACAAUUUAAACAGGAAAUCAGCCAUAUAGCAGUCACAGAAUCUUUAGUUCCUCCCUGAAGGACAUAGAUAAUAGCAUCUGAGACCUGUUCCUCCGUUGCUUUAACCGUCACCAGAGAGAAAAAGCAUGAUGACCAAACGGUAGCCAUGACAUAAACUGCUCCAUCUUGAGCAGUACUGAAUUUAUGGCAAGCAUAAUUCCAGGAACUGGCCUCAAGAAAAGAGCAACAAACCAGCCCUGAAGUUGAAGAUUAACUGCACUUUAAAACAGUCAGGAUGAUGCUGACCAGACCACUGCAGGAGCAGUUUCAAGGUGAUUGUUGGAGCCAAUCAGGUCUUCACAUAGACCAUCACCACCACCACCACCCCCCAACCCACCUCCCACACAUCCUUUAAAAACUCUUGCCCUCUGAUUUGGCAACUGGGAGAUGGCUUUGGUUCACCAUCUCCCCAGUUUGCCACUCCCUGAAUAAAACAUCUUCCUUUUUCCACCAAACCUCGUCUCUCCAAAAUUGACUUUUGAGCCACAAGCUGCUGAAUCUGAGUUCAUUUCCUGCUCAGGCUGGUAACAAGUAUGAUGAGCUAAAACAAGGUUCCAGAAAGACACGGGUUAUGCCUUAGUGGCCAGAUGCCUCAGGUCUUUUCCAUCUCCAGGAUGGGUAGAUGGAGGGAACAGAGUCAGGCCCCAGACUAGAGCAAGGCAGCUGUCUUGAGUGCAAAAUGUGUGGAGCGCCAAAAAUCUAACUAAACGAGAUAAAUAGCAUUUAUGGCAAUAUUUUAAAAACUCAGACCAGCGAACUAUGACCACGGACUGGUGCCAGCUUUUGUAAAUAAAAUUUUAUCGUAAGCUCCAACAAGCAUCUGUCCACUCCAAAACCAAACUCUGGCAUUGGCAAAACCAAGUGGCCUUAUAGGUGUCUAUCGCUAGCAGCCACUCACCCUCCCUCACUGAAAACAACAAAACAAAAGCAAAAAACUAGCUCCAUCAUAUUUUAUAAUAAAUUUAAAUGGAGUAAGAUCUACAAAAUUUUGAAUCAUUAUACUAUAUACCAGAAACAACUUAAUAUAGUAAGUCAACUAUAUUUAAAUUAAAAAAAAUAUUUUAGAAGUCUGGCUCCAAAGGAGCUAAGAAAAAUUGGAAAGGGAGAUCCGUUCGAGGUAGACCGAUUGGGUUCUCUAAGACUCCGGGAGCAGGUGCAAAAAGAGCUUGCAGUGGUGCCCUUGGCCGCUGCCUGCCCCUCCGCCCCUCUCCUGCCAGCGCCAGUCCUCCCAUUUGAGGGGUCCUGCGGCGUUAAAGUCCAGACUGUGGGGCCGCGAGGCUGCCCGUUGCCCCGGGAGACGGACGCACUAGAGGGCGCGCGCCGCAAGCCUGGACCCGCCAGUGUCCCCUGCCUUAGCUGUGAUCUCGCUUCUCCUCCGCCACAACCACCAUGCACUCGCGUCGCAGCAUCAGAAAGCUGGAGAAGGAGCGGGGACAGGAGGACGAGGAGGAAGACGAAGUGGAGAUGGAGGAGGAAGUAGAGGAGGAGAUAGAGGUGAUGGAGGAAGAGGAAAGGGAGAUGGAGGAGGACGCGGAAGCGGAGAAGAAACUGGAGGUCCAUGCGAGGUUCAGCGAAGAGUACUUGUGGGACCUUCUGGACUUCAGUGAUGGCGAUGAGGACGAAUCGAAAAUCUUUCGCCCCCGCUUUACCAGCAUCGUCAGCCCCAGUCUGAGCCCGACACCGCCGCUCAGCGGGACGCCGAGUCUGACGUGGAGCCAGACACCGCCGGAGCAGAGCGAGAGCACAUCGUCCAGCACCUCCUCCCAGAAAACUUUUCCUAAGAUAUUUCAGACAUUUAGGAAAGACACGUCUGAUAUGAGUUUAGAUAGAGCUAUCUAUCAAAAUCUGCAUCCAAGAAUUCCAAUAUCAGUACAAACAGAAGAAAGCUGGCUACAAGAAUUGUCUGGCAUGCAGCAACUGAAGAAGGGAAUGCCCUCUGUAAAGAAGGAAGAUGAACCUGAAAAUCUAGCUUCUAAGCUGAGAGAAAAAUGGAUAAUUAAUCCAGACGAGCCAAAACUAAGUAUUUUAUGUGAGCUGGAGUUUAAGGAAGACUUCAUAACACUCUUUGAACCAUCUCUGAGAACACUACCCAGCAUCGGGCCGCCAUCCAUUCUGACAUUCAAACAGGAGAGUUCCAAUUUAGGCAUUACAUUCAAGGAAGAAGAGGAGGAGAUUUCACCCAAGUGUGAAUUCUGUGGCAGUGACCUAAGAACAUUCCUCUCCAACAUGGAUGUCUCCUCUGACUACAGCACCUCUGACCUCAUGGAACAUACCUACUGUUGUAGUUAUUUCCAAAAUCUGAUUGACUACAUCUAUGAGGAAAAACAAAAAACCCAAAGCUCUAAAGCUGAAUUAAUCUGUAUUGACCCUCAUGCUGCCCAUGGCAGUGAAGCUGACAGACUCAAAGCAAAGGAAAAAGCUUUGCAGAGAAAACAGGAGCGACAAAUGGCCAAGCACUAUGAAAUAUUAACAAAAGAACAAACUAGUUUUUCUGAAGAAGAUGCAAAACACUAUAAAACAAUUUCUUAUCAACUUUCUGUGGAUAUUCCAAAAGAAGAGUCACAUAAGGAAGAACUAGCUGAUUCUCAACUAGACAAAAAAAAUGUAUCCAUUGUUUGUUGUGAUUCCAGGAUAGCAUGUGGAAAGAUCAUGACGAAUGAGCUCUUUGAAAAGCACUACAAACAUGGGAGCAAGUUUCUGACUUCAUUUCCAGAUGGGACAACGCAAAUAUUCUAUCCAUCUGGAAACCUAGCCAUCAUCCGAGUGCCCAACAAGAUAAAUGGUUUCACGUGUAUAGUCCAAGAAGAUGUGCCCACUAACCCCGCAAUCCUGGCAGUGCUAGAUUCUUCUGGAAGAAGUUCCUGCUAUCACCCCAAUGGAAAUGUCUGGGUAUACAUCAAUAUCUUGGGUGGUCAAUAUUCAGAUCAAGCUGGCAACAGAAUAAGGGCUUGGAAUUGGUCAAGUUCCAUCACUUCCUCACCCUUUGUUUCAUUUAAACCUGUCUUUCUGGCUUUGAACCAUCAUGUUGGAAUCCGCAUCUUAGAACAAGACAAGAUUUCAAUCACUUUUCUAGCAAUGGGCCAACAGGCAAGAAUCAGUGUUGGAACCAAAGUGAAGCUGCUGAACCCUAAGGAGAUUCCAGCACUCCGAUACCUGAAUGGAGAUGACCUUCUUCUGUUGGCCAGCUUAAUAAAGAUCCGACGCCUGUUUAACAAACUGGAAGGAUGUGUGAAUUUCCCCUCCAGCCACGUUUGGGAAAAAUUAAAGCAACCUUCCUACCUUUCUUCACUUUCUCUAAAACUAAUUGCCCUUUGUCAUAAUUCUGGUAUAAAGCAAGAUACGAUGACAAGAAUAGCAGCUAUGAUAAAAGAAAACAUUUAAAGAAUAAUGAUGGUGCUUUUGUUUGUUUUGUUGAGUUUUUCUGGGAGAGAGAUGGGAGAGUUCCCAAAAAAGUGUAUAAAGUGACUAGGAAAUACCAAGAAGUGUUCUUUAUUACAAAUUUGAAGCAUGUCCUGAGUCAUCACUGCAUGGCAUUCUUGGUUAGAAAACUAAACAACUGACAGCAGAGAAUGAGCAUGUCAGCAAAAGGGUCUCUAACGGGCAGAGUUCCAUCAGGGAAACAGAAAGCAGGGAGGGAGCAUGUGCUUCCACCAUCAUUUGAAAGGCUGGGGAGGUGAAGGUCAAGGAACACCCCUGCUGGCUUUGGAGAAAUCUGGAAGUGAGAGAAUCUCAGGAAGCCACGAAGUCAAUGGCACCAAGUAAGAGAGUGGCAGGGGCUCCCUGAAACUCACAUUCCAGUGCAGGAAUAACAAGCAACCGCCACCCCCGGAAUGCCCACCCUUCUGUCCAGAGGUGAAUGAUGGCUGCUGAUUCUCUCCUGCCUCCGAAACUCAGGCAGGUGCCACUCACUGGGGACUCAUAAUCAGAUCCCACUGGCCGUGGAUUAUAGGACAGUGUGUAUUUCCCCUUCUGGGAGAGGAGGAGGGAUGAUGCUGAAUCUGCAGUGACAGCCCAGCACAGCAUCCUCUGCUCAAUGAUAAAAGUGCUUUAGAGAAGAAAGCAGUUGGGAGUCAGAUGUGGAGAAUCCAAAAGACAUCCCUGGAACCCUGCUUCCUCCUGAAUGUCCCAGACGUCUCAGUUUCCUGUUCUUUGAGAGAGAGAGGAAUGUAGAUGGAGGAAGCCAUUCCUUAUAGUGAAUAACCUAUCUGGCGCUAAUGUGUAGCAAGAGGGAUUAAGCCUAUCCACCAGUGUUUCACCAGUUAGGGUGAGAUAUUUAAUCAUACUGUUUCCCUGCUGAGGAAGCCUGAGGAGGGGAUGGAAGAGGCAGGAGGAGUGGAAGCAUGGGAUGUCCUGGGGAGAGCUGAGUGCUGGACAGUAGGAAGUAGCUCAGCUAUGGGUGGCCAGUGUGGGGAAGGGGUUGGGCUGGUUCUUGGUAUUAAUCCAUUCACCACCUUUUUUUGGCUGUGCCUGUGGCAUGUGGAAGUUUGAAGGCUAGGGAUUAAACUUGUGCCACAGCAGUGACAACACUGGACCCUUAACUGAUAGGUCACCAAAGAACUCCACCACUUUUUAAAGCUGGCUUCAACAAAUUUAUGGUUAUCCAAGGAGAAGAGGGGUAGGAGAGAGAUAAAUUAGGAGUUUGGGAUUAAUGUAUAUACUAUACAUUACUAUAUAGAGAAUAGAUAAUCAACAAGGACCUACUAUAGCACAGGGACCUGCUAUACCACAGGGAACUCAACUCAAUAUUCUAUAAUAACCUAUAUGAGAAAAGAAUCUGAAAAAAAUGGAUAUAUGUCAAUAUAUAACUGAAUCACUUUGCUGUAUACCUAAAACUAACACAACAUUGUAAAUCAACUAUACCCCCCCGAAAACAAACACCUUUUAAAGCUGCCUUUGAUUAACUUACUUUUUAGGAAUUGUUUUAAUAUCAAUUUUCUUAUCCUUUCAUUUCCAUUCUUGCUAAUUUCCACUGCUAUUUUUCUGAAAAAGAGGUUCUGAGAUUCAUGUCUAUUUUUUUGGCCAUGCCCACCCCAUGUGAAAGUUCCUGGGCCAGGGAUGAAUCUGUGCUGUAGCAGUGACCCAAUCCAACACAGUGACAAUGCUGAGCCUUAACCUGCUGAGCCAUACAGGUCAACUCCUUGAGACUCAUGUCUUGAUCAGUGCUAAAUGUCUCUUUUUUAAUUUUUGUCUUUUGCCUCUUCCUUUUCAUAGAUGAGUGAACUUUUAUUUUCCAUCAAGUGAGACAGAAAUAUUGAGCUAAUAUGCAUCCAUAUAGCUCUGAAAAAAUAACAUAACAGUAUAGCAGUAUAACAUGUAACAAUCAAAACAAAGCCUUAACUGAAUCUGGUUUUGUAUAUCAUUAAAAACUAUUUUGGGGGUGCUGAGUCCAUACUGGAUACUGAAUAAGGCCUUGAUUAACUAGAGAUUAGCAGGAUAAUGAGACAUGUCUUUUACAAGUGUUGCUUCAUGUUUAAUAAUAGAAUUAUUUUAAAUUAUGUUUGGGGAGUUCCCAUCGUGGCUCAGUGGUUAACAAAUCCGACUAGGA